ACUGACACUGACAAUUGACACAACAACAACAAACAGUCAAACAAAAUAUUUUUCGUCAAACUUUGUUUUUAAAUUGCAGUUGUUUCUUAGCUGCGAUUUGAUCUAAUUUUUAAAUGAAAUUAAUAAAAAUAACAGCAUAAGUUUAUUGUAAUAGGUAAAAAUGCCAAAACCAACUUGUGUUCAGUGCAGUUCCAACGAUUCAUUGCUUUGGCGAAGCGCAGAGAACGGACAAAUAUGUAAUGAGUGCCAUUUAUCAAACACAGCUAAUAAAGAAAUAAACGCCGAUGUAGCAGCGAUAAAAACUGAAAAUGAAGAUAAAGAAGACACAGAAAGUAAGAAUGACAAGGCGGAGGGUGAAGCAACACCCGCCAAAGCAACGGGGAAAGGGACUCGGAAAAGUACGCGAUCGACUAGGUACAAGGCAAAGACACCAGCUCCUGCCCCUUCAAAGCCUGCAGCCCCACGUGGCCGAGGCAGACGGAGCAUUUUCAAGAGGCAGCCAUUAAAAGCUCCCACUGCCACAGCAACUGUAGUCACAAGUGACUCUUUGUUUUUUAAGGGUUCAUACAUGCAAGUUGGAGAUAUAGUAUCUAUGUUGGAUGUGGACGGUGGUACAUUCUAUGCUCAGAUCAGAGGUUUCCUCACCGACCAAUACUGUGAGAAGAGUGCAGUAGUGACCUGGCUGUUGCCUACUAAAGCUAGCCCUCCGCCGGAGAAGGGAUUUGAUCCAGCUACUUACAUUAUUGGACCAGAAGAAGAUCUACCUCGGAAGCUGGAAUAUAUGGAGUUUGUAAUGCAUGCACCGUCUGAUUAUUAUAAAGCAAGCAAUAGUCCCUACCCACUCACAGACAAUGAAGUGAACAAUUACAAUGGAUUCAUUUGGACAAGCCUUGAACCUAAAGAUAGAACAUAGUUUAAUGUUACAUUAUAAUAUUUGUAUGUUACUGUGUUUACUUAUGUAAUGAAUAAAUGUGUUCCGCUAA